AUGCCCCGCCGCCAGCGCUCACGUAAAGAUGAGUACGACUCGGACGAUUCCUUCUCGCCCGAGGAUGUCUUCGACGUGGAUGAAGAAGCGUCCGAUGCCGAGUCCGACAUCACUGAGGUCGACCCUUUCGACGAUGUCGACUGUCAUGUCGACGUCGAGGAUCUUGCAGACCUCCUCGGCGCCGCCCACCCGCCAGAGUUCUACCAACGCAUCGCGGAACAGGUUGAUGACAGCGACUUGGACACGCAAGACUACAGUCCGGGGACAGAGAGACUUCUCGAUGCGGUCGAGGACCAUUGGCAGCGCUUUUGCAGAGGGAACGGAUUCGGUGAUCCAUGCAGACGCCUCAAAUCGAUCUACCUCGGCAUCCUCGUCAGUUUCUUCACAUGGCGCCUCGACCUCAAGACUGGCAAGGACGACAGGAAGAUAAAGGGCAUCAAGACUGCCAGCUCACUCGGCACGAACUGGAAGGUCUUCCGUCUGGUCUACGAGAAAGCGGUGGGCGCGAAGCUCGACCCGAAACUGAACCGCCAGAUGCACAAGGUCCUACGUAGACUGGCCAAGGACUACAAGCUGAGCACGAAGAAACGAGAGAACCGCUGCAUGACGAUCGACGACCUCAAGGAGCAGAUCGAGACAACGGUGAGCACGCCAGAAAAGUCGUUCGACCUCGGCGAGCUCCGUAUCCUCAUGGUCCUGUUUCUCCUCCUGCUUGCUCCAGCCGGUUCCCGCCCUAUGGCCAUCCUGCGGCUACGGUUCGGAGACAUCCGGGUCGUGCUGGCAAGAGACCCCGAGGGGGGCCCUCACAAGCUUCUUCUCCAGUUCACACCCGAGUUUACCAAGACCUACCUCGGUACCAAGGACGCCAAGACGUUCACCGUCCCCGAGACUCUGUUUGAUCCGACCUUGCUCCUCAGCCCCGAUGCCUUCCUCUUGGGCAUCCUGUUCCGCCAUCGAGCCUUCCGAGCCUUCCGAGCACCCGACUUCGUCUCGGCGUCGCAGCUUGUCGGCUUAGACAUCUACCCCGGUGAGCGGGAGCUUCGUCUGCCCCUCCGACGGGAUCUGGACGACGUGCCCCUGUUUCGCCGCGCUGUCAAGACGUUGACCGGCUUUGAGAUGUCGCCGACGGAACCCAUCACGUAUAGUAUGAUGGCGGGAUGGAUCAAGAAGAUCGGCGAGCUCCUGGGCCGGCUCUACCCCACCAUCUGCUACAACCUGCGCUACAAUGCGGGCAACGAGCUCGACGGGAGCCCCUACGCCAGUGAUGCCAUCCGUAACCUGGCGCUUGACCACAACAGCUCGGUCCCGUUCCAGAAGCACUACCUCGGACGCCAACUGCGUCUGGAUACGUGGGCAAUUAUCCGGGGCCAGGAGCCGCAGCAGGCGCUGCUCAAGCAGGCCUGCAGCAUCGGCCACGCGAACAGCAAGCGGCGACCGACAGAGUUGACUGCUGAGCAGUUGGCGUCCGUCAACACCGACCCCCGCAUCAGGAAGCUGGAGGAGGAGGUAAAACGACUGCCGCAUAGAUCGGAAGAACGGCAGAAAGCUGUUCGAGCGGUGAGGAGCGAGAAGCAGAGACUGAAGAGAGCCUUGCUGGAACGAACCAAAGUCGAAUGGACGGACGAGCAAGCCGUGGAAGAUAUCCAAAACCAACUCCAGGGCCUCGGGUUCUCAAAGUCUAUGGACGUGGACACGGCCUCCGCACCUCAACGCCCAGCACAGAAACGCCUUGUUGAUGCGUUGACCGCGCCGGUGGAUGAUACUCUCGAAGGGUACUACAGACGCAGGGCCAACCUUAUCGACGCGAUUGUUGCCUACUGCGGCGUGGCAGAAGGCCGCACCGCACGCAGAACCAAUGUAUCGGCAGCAAAGAAGCAGGUCCCAAGUCCCGGUUCUCCCUCCCCCGAAGAGAGCCCUUUGAAGGCCGCCAUGCUGUCCGUAUUCAUCGAAAACGAGCAGGAGCGGCCGAGGAGGUGCUUCCUGUGUAUUGGUGCUGCGCUCACUCUGGGCCCGGACGACCCUCACGUGCAAAAGCUCACCAGUGAAUUCUACACUUCAGGUGACCUGUCUAAGCAUUUUCGUCGACGGCAUCUCAAACUUUUGCCCGACAAUGCCAAGCCGCGAUGUGAGGUGUGUGACUUCGAUUUGACGUGUAAGAUGCAUUUACAGAGCCAUGCGAUGAAGGUCCAUGGUACGGUGUCUUAGAGCUUCUUUCCUUCAAAUAGAACAAGUACUAUUAGGCAGACUAGCAGGGCUAUUGCGUACAGUUUGUUUACUAGUUAGUGGAACGCUGGUGGCAGGGAUUCCUUCAAGGGGCGGGUUUUGGCCAUCACCUGACAGGGCAGGGCCGCAGAAGCGGAAGAGCAUCAUUCCCCGAACUGAGCCAACCACAGGUCUAUGCCGAACUUUUCGAGAGCUCUGGACGCAUUUGAACAUGCUAUAUUGCCAUACUCAUACAUGCCGUAUCUGUCUAGAUGUAUCUGUCUGCAGUUCCC